GCACGAGAGAUGUCCCCAGGUCAAAAUCCACAACAGCAAUACGGAAAUAACAAUUAUAACGCCAUGGCCCAAAACGCUCAAACACCACCACCUAGAAAUAUUUUUCAGCAAUAUGCUACCGCAAGACCACCCGGAGGGAACAACAUGUUCGGAGGUGGGAUGCGGAUGGGAGUUGAUUCUCGAACAGUUUAUGCCGCCCCUCCCAGAGAUGAUACACCAUUGCAGGACGGAACACCAUUGAGUUCGGUAGGUACUCAUACUCUUACGAAUUUGUACAUACGUGGCCUCAGUCCGAGUACAACCGAUGAAGAUCUCAGAAAAAUGUGUGCUCAGUAUGGAACAAUCACUUCUACGAAGGCCAUAAUGGACAAGGCUCUGAAUCAAUGUAAAGGUUACGGUUUUGUGGACUUUGAAAGUCGGGAAGCAGCUUCGCGAGCAGUGGAAAUGCUCACCAAGAGUGGGAUUCAAGCUCAGAUGGCUAAACUUCAGCAACAAGAACAAGAUCCUACGAACCUCUACAUUGCUAAUCUGCCGUCGAAUUUCAACGAGCAAAUGUUGGAGAGUGCACUGAGCCCCUAUGGGAUGGUAAUAUCGACUAGAAUACUUCGGAAUGCUGACGGUAACUCGCGUGGUGUUGGCUUUGCAAGAAUGGACUCUAAGGAGAAAUGCGAGGAGAUCAUCACUGCUUUAAACGGCAAGCUGAUCGAAGGGAUGGAUCCAAAUGCGACCCCAUUGCUUGUGAAACAAGCUGAUACCGGGAGGAAGAAUACUCGCAAAAGAAGUGACAUGGGAUUCGAACUAGGGAUUUACCCUAGCCAGGUAGAUUUUUUUGUGUUGCUGUGA